AUGACAACAAUAACAGUUGCUACUACUACUGCUAUAAAAACAAAAACAACGACAACAACAACGACAACAACAAUAACAACGACAACAACAGUGAUAACAACAGCAACAACAAUAGCAACAACAAUGACAACAACAACAACAACAACAAUAACUAUAACAACAACAACAAAAAUAACAACAGCAACGACAAUAACAUUAAUAACAACAACAGCAGCAACAACAACAGCAACAACAAUAACAACAGCAACGACAAUAACAACAGUAACAACAACAACAGCAUCGACAAUAACAACAAUAAUAACAACAGCAGCAGCAACAACAACAACAAUAACAGCAACAAUAGCAACAAUGAUCAACAAUCAGCAGCACAACGACAAUAACAACAAUAACAACAACAACAACAACAACAACAACAAUAACAACAACAGCAACGACAAUAACAACAAUAAUAACAACAGCAGCAGCAACAACAACAACAAUAACAACAACAAUAGCAACAAUGAUCAACAAUCAACAGCAGUAACAGCGACAACAAUUAUUAGAACACCAAUGGGAAGAAAGAAAUUUCGAGGAUGA